UUCAGAGUAGCCAAAGAGGACCUGGACGAUGGCAGGGAAGCCCCUCAAGAAGUCCUCCACCCCUGGGGUGAGCACCCGGCAGCUGGUGGACGAGGUCCCCGAGGGAUGCAGUGCACCUGAUUUUGAGCAGAAGCCUGUCACCUUGGCGCUGCAGGAGGGCAAAAAUGCCAUCUUUCGAGCUGUGGUGUGUGGGGAGCCCAGACCCCAGGUGCACUGGCUCUGCAGCAGAGGAGCCCUCAGCAACUCCAGCAAGUACCAGAUCUCCAGCCCCAGCGGCCAGGAGCAGCACACGCUGCAGAUCAACAAGCUGACCGGCGAGGACACGGACCUGUACCGCUGCGUGGCCACCAACAUGUACGGAGAGGCCGUGUGCUCCGCCAGGCUCACUGUUAUCGAAGUUGGCUUUCGGAAGAAUCGGAAGAGGCACAAGGAACCCCAGGAGGAUCUCAGGAUGUCGCUGAUAGACUUUCGGAAGAUGCUGAAAAAGAGGGUCCCACCUCCUGCCCCAGAGAAAAAGAUGGACUCUGAGCAGAUUUGGCAACUGCUGAUGGCCGCGGACCGGAAGGACUACGAGCAGAUCUGCCUGCGGUACGGCAUCGUGGACUAUCGGGGCAUGCUGCGCCGGCUGCGGGAGAUGCACCAGGUGCAGGAGGAUGAGGCAGCCCAGUAUGUCAACGCUGUCUCCAACUUGAGACACAUCAAGGUCACCAAGGAGGGCGUUGCAACAUUUGACCUGGAGCUGGACCUCAAGGAUCCUGAGAGCAAGGUUUACCUGUAUAAGGAUGGUGAGAUGAUCCCCUAUGGCUCAGACAACCUGACCAAGCACUGUCUGCGGCGACUGGGGAAGCGCUACCACUUCCAGAUCCGGGACCUGCGUCCCGAGGAUACCGGCCUUUACCAGGUCAAGGUGGAGGGGGCUGAGGUCUUCUCCACAGAACUAGAGGCUGCUGCCAUCCCCUCCAGAGUGGUGGUCCCGCUGGCCACAGCCCGCUGUGAGGAGCAGGGCGAUGCUGUCUUCGAGUGCACCCUGUCCAGCCCCUGCCCCAAUGCUGCCUGGCAUUUCCAGCACCGGCCGCUCCUGCCCAGCCCCAAAUAUGAAGUGUUCGUGGCCCCCGAUGGUCUGACCCACCGGCUGGUUGUGAGGAGAGCUGACCUCUCAGACAUGGGCCUCUACUCGCUGGGCACUGGGCUCCACACCUCCAGCGCCUGGCUGGUGGUUGAAGCUGGGAAGGAUAAAGGCCUUCUGACCGCAAAGGCUGACCACCAGCUCCAGGUGCCCCUGAGUGAUCUAGGCUGCAGAAGAAGGAGCAAAGAGGACAGGUUGGGCGUCUACAGCGAGGGGAGGAAGGCCACCCAGAGUUCCGGAUCCAGAUACCAGCCUGGCACUCGCCGAUUCUCCAAGGAGGCCCCAGGCCUCACAGGUAUCUUCUCUCCAGGCCUAGCAGACACGGAUGUACAGCAGGGGGAGCCCACCGUGCUCUCCUGCACCCUCACCCGUGGCCUGGGGCCUUGGGCCUGGCUUAAGGAUGGAGUCAAGCUCAGUGCCCAGGACGGAGCGGUCUUUGAGCAAGAUGGUCCCGAGCCCAGGCUCCUCACUGGCCAUGUGCAGGGUCCCCAGGCCCGGAGGUACACCGCAGCCGGCGGCCAGCAGAGCAAGGCCUCCCUGACCAGCCAGGGUCCCCCCAUCCUUGCUCCAGAGGUGACAGAGAAACUAGAAGAACCACUGGUGGUCAAGGCUGGGCAGCCAGUGACAGUGAAGAUACCUUUCCAGAGUCAUCUCCCCGUUCAGGCCGUUUGGAGAAAGGAUGGGACCCAGGUGGUGGGCAGCAGCAGCAGGGGAGCCCAGGUGACCCUGGGGGACAGCUUCACUCGGCUGGGCCUCCCAAGUGCCAGCAGGAAGGACGGUGGCCAGUACAGCGUGACGCUGAGGAGUGAGGGAGGCUCUGCUCAGGCCCAGCUCAUCCUGCAAGUCCUAGACAGGCCCCAGCCCCCACAGGGUCCCCUGGAGCUGCAGGAUUGCCAGGGGGCUGGGAUCUGCCUCCGCUGGCGGCCUCCCCAGGAUGACGGGGGCCAGGCAGUGGAGCACUACAUGGUGGAGAGGCGGCAGGUGGGCAGGAGCACGUGGUUGAAGGUGGGCGAGCCCCCGGCAGACAGCACCACUUUCACCGAUGCCCGCGUGGAGCGGGGCAGGAAGUACACCUUCCGCGUGCGGGCUGUGAGCGCCGAGGGAGCCGGGGAGGCCCUGGAGUCUGAGGAGGUGCUGGUGGCUCCUGAGGCUCUCCCCAGACCCCCUUCCACCCCAGCUAUCCUGUCAGCCUCCAGCCAGGGCAUCGGCCUGACGUGGACAGCGCCUCAGGGACCUGGCAGUGCCCACAUCACAGGGUACCUGAUUGAGAAGCGCCAGCGGGGGAGCAACACCUGGACAGCAGUGAACAAGCAGCCAGUGCCUGACAGGCGGUGGACCGUGGUGGAUGUACGGCAGGGCUGCCAGUAUGAGUUCCGGGUCACGGCCGUGACUCUCUCUGGUCCAGGAGCACCUGGCUCCCCAUCAGAUGCCGUCUUUGCUCGAGACCCCGUGAGACCGCCUGGACCAGUGAGGGAUCUCCAAGUCACAGACACAUCAUCCACCAGUGUCACCCUGAGCUGGGCCCGGCCAGAUGCCCAGGGUAAAGACGAGGCCCAGGGAUACGUGGUGGAGCUCUGUGGCCCAGACAGUCUCCAGUGGAGCCCAUGCCACUCAGGCACAGUGCCUGUCACCACCUACACAGCCAAGGGGUUGCGGCCCCAAGAGAGCUACUUGGUGCGGGUGACAGCAGUCAACGACGGGGGUCACAGCCCCGCCAUGGUCCUGGACACCUUAGUGCAAGCCAUGCCCCGAACUGUCUCUCCUAAGUUCCUCAUGGACUCCAGCACAAAAGACUCACUGACAGUCAGAGUUGGGGACACCAUUCGUGUGCCUGUCCCCUUUGUAGCUGGCCCCCUGCCUGAGGUGACCUGGCUGAAGGACGGCUUGCCCUUGCCUAAAAGAAGUGUGACCUCCACUGAGGACGGCCUCACCCAGCUCCUGAUUCCUGCCGCCAGCCUAUCAGAUAGUGGCCUCUACACAGUGGUGCUGAGGGACCUGCGGGGCAAGGAGGCCACCUAUAACUUCCUGCUGAGGGUGGCAGCGAGCCCCCAGGCGCCUGGGCACAUCCGCCUGCAGGAGAACGUGCCCGGGACGGUGACCGCUGAGUGGGAGCCCUCUCCGGACGAGGCUGCGGGCGUCCCGCUGCACUACACGGUGCUGACCCGCUCCUCAGCGCUGGGUCCCUGGCGCGAGGUGGCGGCCCGCGUCCACACCAACCGCUUCACCCUGCCGGGUGUGCUCCCCGGCCACGAGUACCACUUCCGAGUGGUGGCCAAGACCGAGCUGGGAACCAGCAAGCCCUCGGACACCACCUGGCCGUGGUGCGUUCCCCGGCGGCGGCGAGACAAGUUCAGAGUCCAGACUCCAAUUUACCGGGGGCCUGACCUGAGCCAGAAGCCCCGGUUCCUGGUGGGCCUGCGGGCCCACCUGCUGCCCAGGGGCUGCCAGUGCUGCAUGAGCUGUGCCGUGAGGGGCUGGCCCAGGCCGCACAUCACCUGGUUCAAGAAUGGCCAGAGCCUGGCAGGAAACCCUGAUGUGUACAGCACCGAUGUUUUGGGCGUGUGCUCCCUGGUCAUCCCCAGCGUCUCCCUCAAGGACAGCGGCGAGUACAAGGCAGUGGCUGAGAACAUGCUGGGUCAGGCGGUCAGCACUGCCACCCUCAUCGUCAUUGGGACCUGGGAAGCCAUUCUCAGCACCCUGGCCGGUGCCUGCACCGGGUGA